UGUUCUAUACAUGUGUCUAAAGAUUCGAUAUGAUGGAUGAAAAAAAUUUAGUCAGAAAACUAAACAGGGCCCAAGACUGGACGUGAGGAAGAUGACUGGACUGGACUACUGGAGGCGGCGGCUGAGAGGCAGAGGGUUACAGGUACAGUACGCUGCGGGGCCCGCCGCGCAGAGAGUAGGCGGAGGAGUCGCCAGCCACAAGGCCCCAGAGCAAAAGAAAACAAAGUUGCCAAUUCGGGUUGACCCCUCCAUUAAUCCCCGCGACGGCGGCCCCAGCGGCGCCUCGCUCCGCGGAUCCCUCGCCCGCGCUCCCCACAUCCUGUUCCUGCCGUGCCAUUUACCAUGCUGCCCUUGCCCCUCCGCUGAAUCUCUACGUACUGCUACAGCACAGCAGGGCACGACGGCCUACACUUAACCAAAUCCUGCCACGCUACAGCUAACUAAUCCUACACAUGACACACAUACCACCACCACCACCACCACUGCGAGCCUCCUGCGCCGCUGGUCCGUCCGCGUCCGGUCGGCAACGAGUCCGCCCCCGCGGCCGGCCCGGCUGCUAUAUAAAUCCACCCGACUCGCUUCCUCUCCUCACCACGUCUCCCCCCCUCACCUCUCCCCUUGCCACCUCACGCGCGCUCCUGCUCUUGCGCUCUUUUGGCUUCGCCGAGGCCAAGCAUAACAAACUCCCUCUCUCUCUCUCUGUGUCUCUGCUCCCUGCACGGAGGACGGAGCGGACGCAUGGGGUGGGGGUGGACGGCGCUGGCGGCGGCAGGCGCGGUGGCGUACGUGGUGGUGAAGCUGAUGGAGGUGCUGUGGUGGCGGCCGCGGCGGGUGGAGCGGCACUUCGCGCGGCAGGGGAUCAGGGGCCCCCGCUACCGCUUCUUCGUCGGCUGCGUCCGCGAGAUGGUGGCGCUCAUGGUGGCCGCCUCCGCCAAGCCAAUGCCGCGCCCCUACCGCUCCCACAACGUCCUCCCGCGCGUCCUCGCCUUCUACCACCACUGGAAGAAAAUCUACGGUUCCACGUUCCUGAUAUGGUUCGGCCCGACGCCGAGGCUCGCCGUCGCCGACCCGGACCUCAUCCGGGAGAUCCUCCUGUCCCGCGCCGACCACUUCGACCGCUACGAGUCGCACCCGAUGGUGCGCCAGCUCGAGGGCGAGGGGCUCGUCAGCCUGCGCGGCGACAAGUGGGCGCACCGCCGCAAGGUGCUCACGCCGGCGUUCCACAUGGAGAACCUCAAGCUGCUGCUGCCGUUCGUCGGGCAGACAGUGGUCGACAUGGUGGACAAGUGGCACGACAUGGCCGCCGCGGCGUCCGGCGAGGUCGAGAUCGACGUGUCCGAGUGGUUCCAGGUGGUGACGGAGGACGCCAUCACCCGCACGGCGUUCGGCCGGAGCUACGAGGACGGCAAGGCCGUCUUCAAGCUCCAGACUCAGCUCAUGGCCUUCGCCUCCGAGGCAUUUCGCAAGGUCUUCAUCCCUGGAUACAGGUUCCUGCCGACCAAGAAGAACACGAGCUCGUGGAAGCUGGACAAGGAGAUCAGAAAGAACCUGGUGACGCUCAUCGGCCGGCGGCAGGAAGCUGCGGACGACGAGAAGCUCAGCGGCUGUGCCAAGGACCUCCUCGGCCUCAUGAUCAGCGCGAGCAGCAACGGCGGCAAGGUGAGCCCCAUCACCGUCAACGACAUAGUGGAGGAGUGCAAGACGUUCUUCUUCGCCGGCAAGCAGACCACGUCGAACCUCCUGACAUGGACCACAGUCUUGCUCGCCAUGCACCCCGAGUGGCAGGAGCUCGCCCGACAGGAGGUACUCCAAGUCUGCGGGGCGCGUGACAUCCCCUCCCGCGAGCAGCUCGCCAAGCUCAAGACACUCGGGAUGAUCCUGAACGAGACGCUGCGGCUGUACCCGCCGGCUGUGGCGACGGUGCGCCGAGCCAAGACCGACGUGGAGCUCGGCGGGUGCCUGAUCCCGCGCGACACGGAGCUGCUGAUCCCGAUCAUGGCCGUGCACCACGACGCGCGGCUGUGGGGCGCGGACGCCACGCAGUUCAACCCGGCGCGGUUCGCCAAGGGCGUGGCGCAGGCCGCCGCGCACCCCACGGCGUUCAUCCCGUUCGGCCUGGGCGCGCGGAUGUGCAUUGGCCAGAACCUGGCGCUCCUCGAGUCCAAGCUCACGGUGGCCAUCAUCCUCCAGCGGUUCGACUUCCGGCUGUCGCCCAGCUACCUCCAUGCGCCGACGGUACUGAUGCUCCUCCACCCGCAAUACGGGGCGCCCGUGAUCUUCCGGCCGCGAUCAUGUGAGCCGUCCGAUCGCGACAAUCGGGAUAUGUGAAGAGAUGAUGGAGAUUAUACUAACCUUGUCAGUGACAAUUGCGCCUGGCAUAAUGACCAAUAACCCCCUCCGCAGGCUCAGGAUGUGCUGCUUUGCCUUGAAGAGCAGAGACCAUAGGAGCAAAGCUAAGACUACCACCAGUCCACCAGGGACAAGUGACUAGAAGAAGCACCACCGUACUGUACUAAGUACUAACAAAUAUAUAUCCUGCUGAUGCUGAAGAUGCCAGCUGCAGCUUAGAUUAGUAGAGCAGAUUAGAAGGCUUGACCAGUGCCUCCCAAUUUUUCAGUCUUUUGGGUUGAUGAUUUUCCUUCCUUCCAUCUUUGGAUGAGGUUUUGCCGGGUGUGGUUGGUGUAUGAAGGAUUGCAAAUUGUACA